AUGUGUCUGACUGUCUAUGUGUCUGACUGUCUAUGUGUCCGACUGUCUAUGUGUCUGACUGUCUAUGUGUCCGACUGUCUAUGUGUCCGACUGUCUAUGUGCCUGACUAUCUAUGUGUCCGACUGUUUAUGUGUCCGACUGUCUCUUUGUCCGACUGUCUAUGUGUCUGAAUGUUUAUGUGUCCGACUGUCUAUGUGUCCGACUGUCUAUGUUUCCGACUGUCUAUGUGUUCGACUGUCUAUGUGUCUGACUGUCCAUGUGUCUGACUGUCUAUGUGUCCGACAGUUUAUGUGUCCGACUGUCUAUGUGUCUGACUGUCUAUGUGUCCGACUGUUUAUGUGUCCGACUGUCUAUGUGUCUGAUUGUCUAUGUGUCCGACUGUUUAUGUGUCCGACUGUCUAUGUAUCUGACUGUCUAUGUGUCUGA